CCUCCUCUCAGCACUGACGGUGGGGACUAUAUAAAAGCGCAGUGAUCACUGGGUUCUAUUCAGAAAGUUUCUUCUCCAAAUCUCAGAGAACACAAGGACAGGAGACGUGACAAAAUGAGUGGAUCAGAAAAGGGAACUUUGAAGCUGCGUUUACUACAACUUAAAUGCCACUUUACUUGGAAACUUCUUUUAAAGGACACAGACCCUGAUGAAUUAGCAGACAAAUUGUAUGAUCAAUUGACAUUCCUUGUCACCAAGAACAAAUACAUGGUGUACAAUCUACUGGCCUAUGUGAUGCAUCUGAAAGGGGACAACACACAAGCUAUUGCCCAUUUAGAGCAAGCAGAAGAAAUGAUUAAAGAGAACAACCCGACUGAUCAAAAGUAUUUGGUGACAUACGGAAAUUACGCGUGGGUGUUCUACUACUUAAACCAGUAUGAAGAUUCUCAAAAAUAUAUAGAUAAGGUGGAACAUAUUUAUAAGGAACUGAAAGAUACCACAGACGUAGCUGAAAUGUAUGGUGACAAAGCCUGGUCCUUGUUACACUGUGGUAGGCGAUAUUAUGAAGAAUCAAAACAAUGUUUUCUAAAGGCUUUGGAGCUGGAGCCAGAAGAUCCUGAGUGGAACAGUGGAUAUGCAACAGUGAUCUUUAGACUCGAUAGUUUUGAUGGCAGAAAAUGUCCUGCUUCAGAAUGCAAAUCACUGGAGCUACUGGAACGUGCAGUGGAGAAGAAUCCAAAUGAUGCAGUGGUGAAGUCACUUCUUGCCUUAAAGCUACAAGAUCUAAACAGGACUGACGAGGGAAAAAUCUAUAUUGAAGAAGCCAUAAAUCAAGCUCCAAACCUUCCAUAUUUGCUCCGUUAUGUAGCAAAGUUUUACAGGAGAGCUGGAAUGCUAGAUGAUGCCUUGCGUGUCCUACAAACUGCAGCAGAUCUCAUCCCAACUUCUGGAUUUCUGCAUCACCAAAUUGGACUCUGUUAUAGGCGAAAGUAUCUCAAUGAGAAAAUGAGGUUUGGAAACAGGAAUAGUUAUAUGAGCCAAAUGGACACUAAAAAAUUUAAUGACCUCCUGCAAAAUACUCUGUUUCAUUUUGAGAAGGCGCUGGAAUACAAGAAAACUUUUGUUUAUGCGUAUAUAGAUUUAGCAAAUAUGUACUGUGAAGUCAAGAAAUAUAAAAAAGCUGAGGACACGUUUAAAACCGUUAUGGCAUUUACCACUCUUAUUGAUGAGGAGAAGCAGCAGAUCUAUUACAGUUAUGGACGUUUCAAAGAAUACAACAUGAGGUCUGAAUCUGAAGCCAUCAACUACUAUAAAAAGAGCGUACAGUUUACUUUUUGCACGAAAGAGAGAGAGUUCAGUGCAAAGUCUCUAAAAAGAAUUGCUUCAAAGAAGAUUCAGAAUGAUAUUCAUGAUCCUGAGGGUUUCGCUUUGCUUGGCUUUGUCCAUAAGAUGAAUGGAGAAAUAAAUGAUGCAAUUAAUUGCUUUGAAAAAGCCUUAAAAUAUGACCCUCACAAUGCGGAAUAUGUGAGUGAACUCUGUGAGCUGAAGCUGGCGAUCUGAAAAAGGAGCGACACAGAAGACAGAGCUUGUGUUUUAAAACGUACCAUUUUUUCUUUCAUAAAUCAGUAGAAUGGGUGUGCCUCCAUGAAAUCUAUCUACAGUACUGUGAACAAUUAAAUUCUAGACAUGAGGCGGGGAGAGGAGGGGGAUGCAACUGCAGUGUCUUCUUGAAGGAAUGGGGAAUAGAAAAGGGAAUCUGAUUAGUCAGGACUAGGGUUGCCACCUUUUCUUCAAACCAAACCCGAAGACUUUAGCACCUCGCAGCAAUUUGUUUGUAAAGUAUACACUAUGCACAUAUUUUGUAAUUAAAUAAUAUUGUAGGUAAUCACAAGGCAUCACAAUACAUAUGGAGUUACUUUUUUGUAGGCAGCGUACCUUCCUGACCAAUCAGGAGGCCGGGAUGCGAUUCACUACAUACUGCCCAGCUUACUGAUUGGUUAGGAAGCCAGGCUGCCUAGCAACAAGUGAAGCAGGCAUCCUAGCCAAUUAGGAAGCCAGGAGGCGGAUGAUAACCCACCUCCCGGCUUCCUGAUUGGAAAGGAAGUCGUCUGUAUGCUCCCUUGUUGCUGCCAGUCAGAGGGACAUCUCCCUCCGACCUGAAGUUCCAAUAUCGGGGAAGGUAUCGGAUUAUUUGGGCGAGUACAAGUAGUACUCGCCCAAAUACUCUGUAUCGGCAGCGAUAUUAGUAUCAGUAUCAGCAGUUCAGUCAGGGGCGUAACUAGAAGUGACUGGGCCCCACAGCAAAUAUUUGUAAGGGCCCCCCUCAGCGCGCUUCGCACCUCCCUCCUCCUGUGUAAACCCCACUCCUUUGGCACAGUG